UAUGAACACUAGAACUCCUAUUCCAACAUUCAUAUUGAAAACUUAUUAAAUGCUAGAAGUAUAAUCUAUUGAAUAUCUUUAAAGGAACAAAACCAUUCUAAUAUAGUAAGUUGGACAGCAUAAGGCACUGCAUUUAUAGUUUAUAAUCAAUAGUAAAUGGAGAAAUAAGUUUUAUAAAAUUUCUUUAAGCAUAGUAAUUAUUCAAGUUUUGUCAGGUAUUGAAUUGUAUUAAUUGAUUUUAGAUAGCUAAAUUUAUAUAAUUUCAAGAAAGUUCGAUCAAAUGAAGGAUAAAUCUUUAAGCAUAAAUGUUUUAGAAAAGGAAUGAAGUAUUUCUAUAUUUUUAACUUUAAAAGAUCAAUGUUAUAAUUUAUAAAAAGGAGAAAUUAAGAAGAUCUUAUUGCUCCUGCUAUUUAAGAAGAACCAAGUAUCUAAUUAUUCGUUAUUUUGAUAGCAAUUUAAGUUAAGGAAGAACAGAACUUAUUUAAAGAAUGUGCUAUUGAUAUAAAAGAGACAAAUAAUAAGUUAAAAGAAGAUAUGAAACUAUUAUAAGAAACAUCUUCAUAUCUAAUUGAUUAAAUGCAGAAUUUAAAUCAUGUAAGAAAUUAUGAAUAUAAUCAGUUUGUUUACAAUUAAAGUGUAGACAUUGAAGUCAAAUUUAAAUAAGUUGGUUAAAUGCUUCAUGCAAUAAAUGAAGAAUUAAGAUAAGAAAGUAUUAUUAUUUAAAAUAUCUUUAGAUAAAAGUGAAACACAAACCAACAAAUUUUUAGGAGAAUACAAAUCAAUUAAAGAUGAUCAAUUUUAAGAAUCCAAAAUUGGAUCACCAAAUCCAUAUGUAGAUUAUAAUAGUACAGCACUUAAUCCAUUGGAUUAUGAGUGUUUUAUAGACUCCUUUUUAUGA